UGCGGAAGAGGCGCCAUUUUGAAAAAAUGUCAAAACAUUCCACAUCCUCCAUGUCUUGAAAGUUGCUCUCAUUUGAAGAACAAGUAGGACAGAAAAGACAAUGGAGCCACUGGUGAACUGGUCUCACGAAGAAACUCAGGCGCUUAUCGCCGUGUGGUCAGAGGAGAAAAUUCAGCGUGAGCUGGAGGAAUCAUUUAGAAAUGAGAAAGUAUACCGGGAAGUGUCACGUAGACUGGCCGCCAUGGGAAUGGGUCGCUCGGCGAAGCAGUGCAGAGAGAAGAUAAAGAAGCUUAAACAAGAAUACAGGAAAAUUAAAACACACAGUGAGAGAAGUGGGGCCUUUGGAAAGACUUUCAGGUGGUAUGAGGCUAUGAACACUAUCAUGAGUGAAAGGCCAGCUGCGACAAAUGACACAGAACAGUCACCCGCCGUGAUACUUGAAGUCAUGAUUUCAGAUGCGGAAACAGCUCCAGCACCCGCAGAAAACCCACAAGGCCCAGGGGCCUGCUCCAUUCCGCCGGCAGAUGUUGACGGUCCCUCCACAAGCACCACAGUGACCUCCACCGCAAUGCAAGCGCCAGUCAAAGAUACUCCCUUGUGCUGUUGGUCAACUAAAGAGGUCCAAGCAUUGUUGACACUUUGGGCAAAUCCAGCUGUUCAAGAAGAGCUUCUCCUCAACGUAAGGAAUAAUAAAGUUUACGCUCGCCUCAGCGCCAAACUGGCAUCACUUGGAUUCAACAAAGCCCCAAAGAAGUGCAGGGAGAAAAUAAAAAAACUGAAGCAGGAGUACAAGAGAAUCAAAAAUGCUCAACACAGGGGUGGAAGCAACAUCACCCGUACAAGUUUAUGGUUUACCAUUAUGGAUGACGUCCUCAAUUCCCAGGCUGCAGCAGCAAAACGUUCGAGAACAACAGAGCCGUCCUCCACAGGGUCCUCCCUGCCCACUCAGUCACAGUCUGUCCUAGAUGUGGACACCGAUGGUGAAAGCCAGUGGUUGCCUGAUGAAGUCCAAGUGCUGAUGACCCUCUGGGCACAACCAAACAUUCAGAAACUGCUUCUCACCACAGCAGCAAACAAUCAAGUCUUCACGUACCUCAGCAAUGAGCUCGCCUUGGUUGGGUUUAAAAAGAAGCCGCAGCAGUGCAAUCUUAAAGUGAAUAACCUUAAAGAUGAAUACAGAAAACUCAAGGAAUUGGAACCACACAGGGACGUUAAAAGUGGCUGGUUUGCUAUUUUAGAUCGGGUCCUUGGCCUUGAUGGAGAGGCUUCUACAGUGGUGGAUUCAUCUGCAGUGCUCUCACAACCCAAAUCACCAGAAGAUGAGCAUGUGAAUGACAUGUUGCGGGCUGUUUGGACAUCUGAUGAAGUUAAAGUGUUGCUCACCCGAUGGGCAGAGGAGAGCGUCCAGGAGCAGCUUAGAUCAACUCAGAGGAAUGAGAGAGUUUUUGCUCAGCUAAGCUCGGAGCUUGCAACUCAGGGUUUCGAUAAGACCACCAGCCAAUGCAGGUCGAAGAUAAGACUGCUGAAACAAAAGUACAAAAGGAUUAAGGGACAGAAGGUCUCUAAAAAGCAAAAGAGCAGAUGGUUUGCCAUUAUGGAUAAAGUCCUUGGUGUUCACAAGCCAGAAGCUGAGACUAAACAAGCAGCAAAAGCCAUGGAUUCAGCCCCUGCAUCACUUCAAAAAUCACAGCAUGAGCUCUCUGAAACAGUUGAAGACUUGGGUUGCCACUUGUCCCUCUCGUCAUUGUGUUUCCUGGUUCCAACCCUGCGUCUGAUGUGUGCCUUUGCCUGGCAGGUGGUCCAGUCUCGUAAUGUGGCACAUUAUGAAAAGGUGGAGGAGCUGGUGAGGUUGGUGACAGAACUGGCUCCAGAGCUGCUGACAGCCAGGGAGAAAGUACAGCUCCCGCUCAGACUAAGGGCAAGUCUUGUGUUGGAGUUGUGUCGAAAUGGGAGCACAGCCACCUUGCAGGAUAUCCAGCCUCACCUGAAGAUUAUACAAGACCUCUUAAUAGGCUCCACCUGUGAUCAGGAGGAAUUGGAGGAGUUGGAAAAUUCAAAGUCAAACUUUGUGGAGGUUGUUCAAACUUUGCUCGAGGACCCAGAGGAGAGGACAAUGUUUUUCAAGGAUAUCUUUGCUACCCACUAUGGCAAACAGUAUGAAGCCACAUUGCAGGCAUUAGUUUGGAAAUUCAUCACCAGACUGGAUAGUCUUUUGCCCAUCCCUGAUAUUAAACAGACUGCAGAGUGGCUCAGCACCACCCCCUCUGUCAUGGAACAAUGUGAACACCUGGUUUUGGAACGAGAUCAGCUGAAGGCACUAAUGCACUUCCAUGAGCAACAGUCAGGAAACACAAAGACGUGCUACUCUCAAACUCAGAAUAUGUUUUUGCCAAGACUAUUUCUUCCUCCCAAAGCAAACUCAAAGCAACUCACUCAAGGGCAACAGGAAAUGUCCACAGGCAAUGAAGAUGAAGGACAGUUUGAUUAUAGUGAGGAUGAAGAGCCAGUUGAGGAAAACCCAACUGAUAAUAAAGCAACUCUGGAGGACUGUACCAGAGGAAAUGAACAAACCAAUGACCUGCCAACUGAAAAUGGCUCAAAUUUAAACAAUAAUAUACCUUUAAGAAUGCAGACCUGCUCUCUGCGUCCCUACUCGGACAGCCAGGUGUCAGGCCUUGUGCAGCACAUCAGAAAGGAGCAUUUGAUCCAGGAACCCAGUCCUCUUCCUUCCAAAGAACCUGGGAAAGGCAGCGUUCUUCCGCAAGUCAACACUGAAACAUCGACUCUUCAGAUGAGGGGCACAACUAAUGCUUUUGAGUACUGCGGGAAGGUCUUCCGGGAUGUGUCAACACGGAACAGCGACAUAAAAACACACACUCUGCCGUUCCACUGCGACAAGUGUGAGAAGAAGUACUCAUCCAGGGCGUCCCUGAAGGUGCACCGUCGGAUUCACACGGGCGAAACGCCGUAUUUGUGUCCACACUGUGGCCGAGGCUUCAGGUCCUCGUAUAACCUCGGGUUGCACGUCCGUAUACACACAGGAGACCGCCGUUAUAAAUGUAAAGUUUGCGGAAAGACUUCAAUCCAACAUCUGGCGAGACACAUGCGGAUGCACAGAGGUGAAAAGAACUACCUGUGCACAGAGUGUGGGAAGGCUUUUCUCUCCUCCGGGGAGUUAAGGCUACACAUGAGGUUUCACACGGGCGAGCGGCCUUACACCUGCAAACACUGUGGGAGAGGUUUCAUUGCAAAGUGCCUAUUGACAGUUCAUAUGCGACAACAUACAGGAGAGAGUCCUUACAGGUGUUCAAUGUGUCCGAAAUCCUUUAACACUUUGAGAGCGCAGAAAAGGCACAUGGCGAUCCACUCAAACAAAAAGUCUUUCCAAUGUUUGAUGUGCGGUAAAAUAUUCAGCAUCAGUCAUUCUUUUCAGCAGCCUCUUCUCAGACAGCCAGACAGCCAGGUGUGAUACCAGUAAAACAGUCCCCGUAUUGAUGAGCAUUUUGGCAGUGCGUAAAGGGAACAAGCGGUAUCGAUGACCGUCCUCCUGGAUCUUGUCCCAUGGCAGGGGCAGCAUGUCAGGAAGGCCCACCAGGGGUUCCCCAACCAGAGCUCUCAGUACUAUUGCUAACACAAAGCCAGAACAGGCCCCGUCCUCAUUCACCCAGUGGGAUAAGAAUAAGGUGCAAAUCACCUGGGGAGUCAUCAUUGAAUACACGACAUCUGCACUGACGAUCCAGAACAGGUGAAUGGACCUUGAUGUCAAGGCAAGGCCUGCUCCCAUCAUUCCGCACAGGAGGACUUACACCUCAACCACCACAAGAAUAUUUUUUUCUGAAGCCUGAAAUACAAAAUAAUUUCAUAAGCCAUCAAGUUAUUUUUAAUAAACCAUGUGGAUCACAGUGUUCAUUUUUGAGGCUCUAAAAUAAAAAUGUGACCUGCACUGCAGAAUCCAAGUAUCUU